UCGAUAUCUGCAACCUCAAUCGUCAUGAGCAUGCUCGCCCUUCCUCCACCGCCUAAAGGUGCCGACGACUCGAAGGUCAUCCUCGGCUUGGGUGGCUACCCGUAUUUGAAGCGCGUUGAAAUCGCCGGCCGUUCUUUGCACAAGCGCGUGCGCAACGCCGCCCGCGGUCGGUCGUUGUCGAUGGAAAGCGUCGGCGACGAAGCCAAGGUCGCCGCCAAGGCGCAAGAAGAAGCAAUCUUGGAAAAGUACCGCAAGUCCAUCAAGGGCAAGCCGUUCUUGCAACUCACGAUGUACCAGCAACUCGGCCUGACCGACGUCAUGUUUGACGCGACGCCCGAGCAAAUCAAGAAGGCAUACCAUCGCGUGCUGAUCGAACACCACCCCGACAAGACGCUCAAGGACGAAAACGACCCCAACUACUUGGCGGUCCAGAAAGCGUUCAACACCCUCAUGGACCCCCAGAAGAAGCGAGCGUACGACUCGCAGUGCGAGUUCGACGACUGGAUUCCCCUCGGCACGGAAAAGAUCAAGCAGGACGACGGAAAGGGCACGGUCGACUUUUAUGCGCUGUACGGCCCCGUCUUUGAACGAAACGCGCGGUUCUCGGAAAUCAAGCCAGUGCCGCUCCUUGGCGAUGACAGCACGCCGUUGGACGACGUGACUGCCUUUUACAACUUUUGGUUCAAGUUUGACUCGUGGCGCGAUUUCACCCACAACGCCGAGCACGAUGUUGACAGUGCUGAACACCGUGACGAGAAGCGUUUCCUCAUGAAGAAGAACGAAGCUGCCGCGAAGAAGCUCAAGAAGAAAGAAUACGCCCGUCUCGCCACCCUCGUCGACCGCGCCCAAGCCAAUGAUCCUCGACUCCGUCGCGUCAAGCAAGCGGCCAAGGACAAGAAGGAGAACGAGAAGCGCGCCAAGGAAGCCGCCGCCCAAGCCAUCAUCGACGCCCAGAAGAAGGCUGAAGCUGAAGCUGCCGCUGCCAAAGCAGCCGCCGAAGAAGCCGAAAAGGCUCUCAAGGCGGAUGCCAAGAUGGCCAAGGAAAAGCUCAAGAAGGCCUUCCGCAAGGUCAAGAAGCAGUUCCGUGAACUUUGUGAAGCCGCGGCGGAUGUUCGCCUCGACGAAUACGAAGUGGAAUUCCUCUGCGAGUCGCUUGAAAUGGACCAAGUGACCGCAUUGAACGACGCCCUGGCGGCCAACCAAGCCGCCGGUGUCGAACAAGUCGUCACAGUCUUGACCGGGCUGCGUGGCGAAGCCUACAUGCAGAAACAAGCGGCUAAGCGUGGUUAAGCAGAACAUGCCAUGCUCCUUCUCGCUCAUAUGGUGUCGACUCGCAAUGGUGGCGCCUUUUCCAUCGAGGCUAUGACACACACAUUACUAUUUCAAUUCGAGCUGCCCUGCCCAAGUCUCCGAGCGCCGCUAGGUUU